AUGGCGAACUCGCAAGAGCAAGAUCGUCCAUGGUUCCUCUACGCAAUGCCAUUGUUAGUCUUUACUUUGAUCGCAUUUCAUCUCCUCGCCUUGGUGUAUUGGAUUUACAGAUUGUCAACUGAUACUAAGCCACAGCAGCAGCUUCUACAGCAACAGCUUCAGCAGCAACAACAGUCACAGAGGAGAAAAGCUCACUGA